AAAGGGAGUCCGUGUGCGUAGAUUUGAAACCCCGUACUGACUCCUCUUAGCUCGGAUAUGUACAAUAUUCGUCAUUUGAACAUAAAAUACCGAGGUGUAAAUACGCAUAAAAUCGCUCGGUAAGAAUACACGAAAUUUCAUAUUUUUUUUUUUUCACUAGUCAUUGUCAUCUCAUCUGUGCUACGAUGUCACAACAGUUUUGUUUAAAAUGGAACAACCACACGACAAAUAUGCUACAGGUUUUCGAAAACCUGCUUUCAACAGAAGCUCUUGUGGACGUUACAUUAGCCUGUGAUGGGCUUAGCCUAAAGGCACAUAAAAUGGUGCUCUCAGCUUGCAGUCCAUUCUUCCAGAGUCUAUUUUUAGAAAAUCCCUGCAAGCAUCCUAUUGUGAUAAUGAAAGACAUGAGGUAUAGUGACCUCAAAGCCAUAAUCGAUUUUAUGUACAGAGGAGAAGUUAAUGUUUCACAUGAUCAACUAUCCGCACUUCUAAAAACCGCCGAGACGCUCAAAGUAAAAGGUUUGGCGGAAGUAACGGGGGAAAAUCGCCAAGCGUCUGGGAUAGUGCAACAAGAAAUAACACAACAGUCUGUGUCAACGCCUACGCCUAUAACUCCCUCAGCUCAAAGGACAGAUACACCGCCAUUGCAAGGUAAAAGAAAAAGAGGGAGACCUCGGAAACGGUCUUUAAGUGACUCUAAUCGGAGUGAUGAUGAGGGAGUUGCAGCGAAAAUCAAAGAACCAGACUCUCCAGAAAUUGAAGAACUCUCUGGUGAUGCAUCAAUGGAGGCCACAAGUGAUAUUCGUUCGGGUGGCGGUCCAGUUUCAUCUAACUCACAAUCUCAGGUGCCCAUUCAUUCAUCGAACAGUGUAAAUACAUUUUCAAAAUCCCAUCUGUCCAUCUCUCAAGAGCCUCAGGUUGAAGAACAAGCAUCUGGUGAUGAAAAUGAGUUCGAAGUAGAACCGUCUAAGUUAUUAGAACAAACAUUAACUACAGACAAUGUUCCUUCCAAUAGUCAAAAUAGCACGGGGCCCAUCACUCUUCCAUCUGUAAGUGGCUUAGAAAUAUCAAGGAGGUCUAUGAGUAGCACAGAUAGUGUUAGCCAAGCAUUAGUUCCUGCAUCUAUACCAUCUGAUUCAUUAGGUUCCAAUCUUCAGGGGCCAGACAGUCCACAAGACAUAAAGCCUCAAAUACUCUCAUUUGAUGACCCUCCUAUUUCACCUGUUCCUGGCCCCUCUCAUGGCUCAGAAAGGUCCAUGAUGAUGUACAUGGACCAGUCGGGCGUAGCAUCCAUACCUGGACCAAGUAAUUACCAGGACAAUAGUGCCCUUGUGCCACAUGAUUCACAACCACAAGGUCGAAAGACUUUGUGGUGGAAUCAGCAUGCCAGAUAUAAAAAAAUGCAAGCUGAUGCACUCAGGCAAUUCAAAAGUUCUCGGCAAAUUGGCAUUUUUAGAGGUAGUCCUAAGCAAGCUGUUUGUCCAUUUUGCUUCAAGAUCUUCUAUGACAAAAGUACAAUGAAUAGACAUGUAUCUAAAAGAGUUUGUUUAGGGCUUCAGUUUCAAACUGCUGAUGUGAUGGAAGAUAUUUCCUGUGUUCCCGUUCUUCCAGUUAUUACUUCAGUGCACUCAAGCCCUUUGUCAAAUGUUGCAAAAGAACGUUCUCAGAAAAAUGAUAAUGAAAAUCAAAACAUGCUGGAGGAAAACACUACAAAAUCUGAGAGAAUUCCGUGCCCUUAUUGCAAGAAGCUCAUGAAAGGUGAAAGAGGAGUUAGAAAACAUAUUGACUUUUAUGGUUGUCCAAUGGCUGUAAGUGCAAAAACUAUAGAAAGCAACGAUAUUGAGUGAUAAAUUUCUUGAAAAUUUAAUGGCUAUGCAAAAACUAUAGAAAACAACGAUAUUGAGUGAGAAUUUUCUUGAAAAUUUAUCAUGAAUUGUUUAAAAAAUUUUAAUAUGAGAUGAUAAUGAAUUGUGAGAUGGAGCUACUGACGUGUUUUUAUAGUCCCAGUAACACGGCAACAGUUUUAAACUUAGUGAUAUUUGUAUUGUUUGUUUUAUUUUAAAUUAUCUAGUCUUGAGUAAUAUCAAGGUUUCUUUAGUUUUAUUAUUAGUGUAGUUUAAUAUAAUUGAUUGUUUGAUUUUUGUUACUCAAAUAUUGGCAGAUAAAAAUGUUAUAUUUAUGGUGGCUAUAAUGUUUAGUGGUAGGUAGCUCCAUCCAAGAUAUGUAAAUAGUUGUAUUAUGUGAAUAAAGUAAUUUAAAAGUA